AUGGCCGAGCACCUCUUCAAAGAUAAAUUCAAGGUGACCAGGCUCGAUCCUGAUGGCAAGAAGUUCGACAAAGUCACUCGUAUUGAAGCUACAAGCGAGAAUGAAAUGUACAUGCAACUGGAUGUUGCUACUGAGGUCUAUGCAAUGAAGCUUGGUGACACAUUCAACAUGGUUUUAGCUCUCACUCUCAACCUGGAUGGAUCAACAGACGCUGGCUACUACACACAGGCUGGAAGAAAAACUCUUGCUGACGAUUAUGACUACAUCAUGCAUGGAAAGCUUUACAAGAUCUCAGAAGACAGUACCAAAGACAGUAAUGGCAAUUCAUCUACUAAAGUGGAGAUUUAUGCAUCUUUUGGUGGCCUCUUGAUGAUACUUAGGGGUGAUCCUUCCUGUGCUGCUGGCUUUCAGCUGGAUCAGAGGCUGUUUCUUCUUAUAAAGAAGCCGUUGUUUUGGCAUGGAACUAUGGAUUUUGAUCUGAGCAUGUCUGAGCAUGAUGUGAUGAUUAUACAGCAGUUAUCCGCCUUUGCUGUAAAUUAUCAGGCAGUGCACAGGGCCUACAGGAGAUACGAUGCUCGUAGGAUCCGUGGAGAUCUUUGCGUUCAGAAGGUCCUCCUGUGGCUUGUGAAAGCUUUUGGUUGGAAUGGACAGAGAGAAAGCAAGCAAAAUUCAGAUAUGACGAACAGCCGAAUCUUCCGCUUCCAGGAUGGGAACAAGCGCCCAGCGGAGGAAAGCUGGGAGAGAGCUGAUGAACCAAACAAUUCUUGCUUCUGA